AUGUUAAAGUAUUUGAAUCGACACUACAAUUACUGGACCAAAAGGGGUUUGAAUGGACCCAAACCCUACCCAUUAGUGGGCAACAGUUUGUCCACACUUUUCAAACCUUUGCCUUCUGUUGAAUUGGAGUAUUUUGAGAAAUACGGCCGACUCUACGGUGUAUUCAACGGCAAUAAACCAAUCCUUACGGUCGCGGAACCAGAAAUAAUAAAAUCAAUUUUAGUGAAAGACUUUCAUCUCUUCGCCGACCGAAGGGUUAGACCAUUUGAUCACAAGAUUAUAGACAAGAAUUUAUUCAAC